AGUCGUGCUUGCCAUCUCACAUUAUUCUGCUUGUCCUCGUCUCCCAUCAUCACCUUCCCAAUUGAUUUGCCGUGCCGCUGGUUGCCACGAGCAUCCGCAUCUAGUUGAUCCAAGAGCCGCGCCUUCGACACGACAGAUUCCUCGGCUCUUUCUCCACAAGCUUCACAAGCACAUCCCGAGCGACGUCCCCCACCACCACUCGCUUGUUUUGUUUCUUCUUCUUCUUCUGCUUCUUCUUCCCUUCCACUACAUAGCAUAUUCAUUGCACACACAUCCCCGCCAUCAUGCCUGAGAGAGUCAUUGUCGUCGGCGCCGGCCUUUCCGGCCUGAGCGCCGCCCACACAAUCUACCUGAACGGCGGCAAUGUGCUGCUGCUCGACAAGAACAACUUCAUGGGUGGCAACUCCACCAAGGCCACAUCCGGUAUCAACGGUGCUUUGACCCGCACACAGGUCGAUCUCGGCAUCAAGGACAGCGUAAAGCAAUUCUACGACGACACAUUGAAGUCCGCACGAGACAAGGCCCGACCAGAUCUCAUCAAAGUCCUCACAUACCAGUCCGCAUCCGCUGUCGAAUGGCUGCAGGACAUCUUCAACCUCGAUCUUACUCUCGUCUCGCGAUUAGGUGGCCACUCCUACGAGCGAACCCACCGUGGCCACGAUGCCAAAUUCCCCGGUAUGGCUAUCACAUAUGCCCUCAUGCAGCGAUGGGAAGAGCUCUGCGAGAAUGAGCCCGAGCGCGUCGAGCUGAUCAAGAAGGCGAAUGUCAAGAAGAUCAAUAUGGACGGCAAAAGGGCCAUCGGUGUGACAUACGAGCUGAAUGGCGAGGAGUACACCGUCAACGGACCAGUCGUGCUCGCCACUGGUGGUUACGCUGCCGACUUCACAGAGACCUCGCUCCUCAAGAAGCACAGGCCCGAUACCUUCGAUCUUUCCACCACAAACGGCAACCACGCCACUGGAGACGUGCAAGUGCAUCCAACUGGUUUGGUCGACCCGAAGGACCCAACUGCGAAGACCAAGUUCUUGGCCGCUGAGGCUCUCCGUGGCGAGGGUGGUCUUUUGCUCAACAGCAAAGGCGAGCGAUUCGUCGACGAGCUGCAGCACCGUGACUUUGUUUCCAACGAGAUGUGGAAGCAGAAGGAGCAGGGCAACUGGCCAAUCAGACUCGUACUCAACAGCAAGGCAUCCAACACUCUCGACUUCCACACUCGCCACUACUCUGGACGGGGUCUCAUGAAGAAGAUGACGGGCGCUGAGCUCGCAAAGGAGAUUGGCUGUGGCGAGAAGAAGCUCAACGAGACCUUCACCGCGUACAACAAGUACGCUAACGGCGAGGAGAAGGACCCAUUCAAGAAGAAGUUCUUCCACAACUUCCCAGUCGAGGUCAACGACGACUUCCACGUUGCACAGAUGGAGCCAGUGCUCCACUUCACCAUGGGCGGUAUCGAGAUCAAUGACAAGUCUGAGGUGCUCGGCAAGGACGGCAAGCCAUUUGACGGUCUGUUCAUUUGCGGUGAACUGGCUGGUGGUGUCCACGGUGCCAACCGUCUCGGUGGUUCCUCGCUCCUCGGAUGUGUCGUCUACGGCCGUGUCGCAGGUUCAAGUUCAAGCAAGUACCUCUUCCAGCAAGUCCUCGCUGGUGGCGCAAGCACUGCUGCUCAGCGUGCCGGCCAAAUCAGCCUUCACAUCGACCCAAGCCAGCCAGGCAAGAUCUCCGUGGAAUGGGGUUCAGGAUCUGGUGUUGGCGCUUCAUCAGGAUCGUCGAUACAGCAGCAAGGUCAGGUAUCUGCAGCCCCAGUCAUGGGUGGCUCAAAGGACUCUAAGGACCCAGGCCAAGUCACCAAGCCCAACGAUAUCAAGGACUUCAAAAUUCCAGAGCAGGAAUACUCGCUUGAGGAGGUCGCAAAGCACAACAAGAAGGACGAUCUUUGGAUCGCCGUCAAGGGCAUCGUCAUGAAUGUAACUGACUGGGUAGACGAGCACCCAGGUGGCCCACAAGCACUUUUCUCGCACAUGGGCAAGGACGCAUCAGAGGAGUUCGAGAUGAUGCAUGACGACGAGGUUAUUCCAAAGUACGCAGCAGGCAUCGUGAUCGGAAAGGUAAAGGGACAGGAUGUGACGCUCGAGUACUAGAGAGAACGGAGCAUAUGACCAAUGAAGGAAGCUAGGCGCUAAGGGAUUUUUUUUUUGAAGAAGAUUUCCAAAGAUGUGACUUCUUUUUGAAAGAGAUAGCUUGUAUACCUGUGUAUAGUCAUGUUCCAGUCAACGGCUUUGAAAGACUUUUAGUCGCUUUUCUAUGUCGCC